GAAAAUAUCUGGCUAUUUUUGGAUAAUAUAUAUUUGUUUUCCCACACGUUGCAUUGGAAAAUUUUGUACCUCACACGAGAAAAGCCUCGAGAAAUGAUAAUGCUAAAAUUUCAUAUGCAGUUCGUUUUCGAAAUGGAAAUUGAAAUGUUUUUCGAAAUUUUGUAUUUAAAAAAAUAAAUGAAAACAAAACAAAGGCGUAAUGAAAUAAGAAAGUGUAUACAACGAAGCGAAGCCAAGGCAAAAGAACAAGCCAAGUGAAAUGUUUUUAAUGGGCAAUCAGAGAUGAUGAUGAAGAUCGGUUCGGACUGUAGAUAUAUGGCCCAAAAGAUAUGGAACGAGGAAUGAACGCAUUAAAUGUGAACAAUGGCGCUACUUAAAAUGAACUUGAAUGGUUUUUGUGAUGACUAAGAGGUUCUAGAUAUGGAAAAUAAGAGAGUUUUUAUAAAGUAUCUGAUAGAUACUUUGAAAUCUUUACUUUUUUACAAAGUACUUGUAUCUUUUCGAUUUCUUCUGAAACAACUUUCUUUUCCCACCCAAAAUAAGGAAAUACAAACCCCCCAGAAAACCAGCCAAAAUGUCCGCCAAGACAUCCCCCUCCAGCUCGCGAGAUGCCAACAUGGGAGCCUCCAGUGUGGUGCCCGCCUCCGUGCAGAUCAAAAAGGAACUGCCCAGCGAUGAGAUAAAAGAAUUCGCUCACAACACCAUGAACGAGCUGCUUGGCUGGUAUGGAUUCGAGGGUGUGGACGUGGACAGACUGGAUCUGACCGCCAAGACAUCCCGUCUUCUGCAAAGUGCAGCCGCAGCAGCGGUGGCCAACCAGCAGCAGCAACAUCAUCACCAACAACAGCUCCAGCACGAGCAGCAGCAGCAUCUGGAGAGGAAGCGCAGCAGUCUCUUUCGCAGCAGUCGGAGUGCUCUGGCGGCGGCCUAUCUCAACAAUAACAACAGCAAUAGCAGUAGCAACAAGAAUAAUGGAGCAGGAGGAGCAUCCAGUGGAGCAGGAACAGGAGCGGGAGCGGGAGCAGGAGGAGGAGUAUCUGGAAAUGGCAGAAAGGGAGGCCUGCAGAAUUGCAGCAGCACCACAACGACGCCCUCGGAUCAUGAUACGCGUAGCUCACGAGAGGAGGACUCCAAGAGUCCACUCUCCAUAGGGAAAACCGCGGGUGUGCCGCAUACGGAGGAGAAAAUAGACUUCAGCAACUGCUGCUGGUGCCAUCGUCCCAUCGCCGAGAAUGCACCGGAUUACCUGACCAGCAGCGACGGACCCCGCUACUGCUCCGAAUCCUGCUUCGCCCAGAGCCGGCGGGCAUCCUUCAAGAAGGCCAAGACCUGCGACUGGUGCAAGCACGUCCGCCAUGCCGUGAGCUAUGUGGACUUCCAGGACGGCGCCUCCCAGCUGCAGUUUUGCUCGGAGAAGUGUCUCAACCAGUACAAGAUGCAGAUUUUCUGUCAGGAAACGCAGACGCACCUGGACCUGCAUCCGCAUCUGCGCGACCAGGUCCUGGAUCCCGGCAGCGAGGCUGGCCUGAUAACGCCAGAUCUGUGGCUGCGCAACUGCCGCAGCCGCUCGGCCUCGCCCGCCUCCACGUUGUCGGUGUCGCCGGGUCCGCCACCGGCGGCUCCUUUCAAUCGAGGUCCGGACUCUUCGCCGCCGCCUAGUCAUCAUGCCAGCAAACCCCUGAUCUCAGUGGCGCCAGUCUCGAAAUUGCUGGCCCAGAAAAGUCCUGUGCCGGCCGUGGCUCCUCCGCCGCCGCCGCCACCGCUCCAGCGACAGUUGGGCUCCAAGUUGGGACGGAGAAAGCGUCAGCAUCGCGGUCUUUCCUCGUCGUCCGGUUCGGAAACGGUGGCCAGUUUGCUGCAGAAACAGCAGCAGCAGCAGGCACAGCAACAGGCUCCUCCAACCUUAACCGCUGACUUUGCCGGCUCCAGUGUUCCCCUGCCUCCCAUCUCGCCUAUGCCAAAUAUGCAGGAAUCCCCACAGCAGCAUCAACAACAGCAGGCACCUCCAGCGGUGCCACCUGCCCAAGCUCUGCCCCGUGGACCGACCGCCAUACCGGCCAGCUAUUUUGCCACGCCCUCGAAUGGAGUGCCCAUGGGUGGGCAUCCCUUUGUGGGUCGUCCGCCACCGCCGCCGCAUCAUUUCCUGCCACCACCGCCGCAUGGCAUGAUGCCCAGGGGAUUUGCCCCCCACUUUGGGCCACCACUUCCUCCGCAGAUGCCAGAAUUGAGCGCCCUGCUAGGAGCUGUGCCACCAGUGACGGUGAUGGUGCCGUAUCCCAUCAUCAUACCUCUGCCCAUACCCAUACCCGUGCCUCUGCCCAUCGUGGACUUUUACAAGGCCCACCUGACGCCGGAGCAAAGGAAGCGUUUCGACGAGGAGAGGGCAACGUCGACUAGGAGAGAUGGGGAGGCAAACCCAGGCGAACCAGAGCAACCACAGCCGCUGGACUGCAGCAGCAAGGCAAAGAGCGAGCAGGAACUGGAGCUGGAGAAGCAGAAAGAGGAGGCCCCGCCGGAGCCCCAAGAAGACAAGCCAUCAGACAAGGAGCAGAACGAGGAGGAGAAGGAAUCCAUACCAAAGACAAAUCCAGAUAUAGACACCACGCCCGCAUCGCCGUCUUCCGUCUCGCCCGAGUCGUCGUCCUCCUCGCUGGAAACGCACUGCAUCGUGCGGGACUCGCCACUCACCGAUCCCGAGGCUGACAGCCAGAAGCUGCCCAAGCUGAAGAUAACGCGGCUGCAGACGAAGCGAACCCUAAUUCAAACCAAAGAGGCGGCCGCCGAGUGCAGUCGACCGCUGCGCAAGCGCAAGAGGAUCAUUGACUGUGACUUCCAGAAGAUGGCCGUCAAAGAGCUGGAGGCCAGCGAGGCGACAGAGACGGAUGCCGAGUGCAAUAUGACUAACAAUGGCAAUGCAAAAGCUAAAAAGUAGACUUAGAACCCUAGGCUAUAUCCUUAUUUAGUUGUAGAAACUAUUUAUGAAGAGGAGGAAGAGGAGAACAGAGAGAAAAGGAGGAGGAGAAGGAGUAGGCACAAAGUGCAGGGCGGUAAUCUCUGAAUUAAAUUGAAAUAAAAUAAAAUAUAUAACUU